CCGUCGGAGGAGUUUGCCACAGGCACUAACUCACCCUUUAUCUUUAUUAUAGGCGCUUUUUGGAUUCUUUCCCCCUCCUCUCUCUUUACAUUUAUUUUUUUCCGUGUGACCGCAUCCCAUUUUCACAUUUUAGGCAGAAAUGGCUGACACAAAAGUCGACACCAGCUCGGAAAUCUCCGCCAAGGACCUUAAAGAAAAGAAAUUGGUUGAAGAGGAAGCAGAAAAUGGAAAAGAUGCUCCAGCCAAUGGAAAUGCAGAUAAUGAGGAAAAUGGAGAUCCGGAAAAUGAAGUAGAAGAGGAAGAGGAUGAUGUUGGCGAGGAAGAGGACGAGGAGGAUGAUGGAGAGGGUGAUGAUGACGAAGAAGAUGAUGAGGCCGAGGGCGGUACAGGGAAAAGGGCAGCUGAAGAUGAUGAUGAUGAAGAUGACGUUGAAACUAAGAAGCAGAAGACAGAUGAUUAAGAGGGAAUCCUGCUGAACAUCCUUUCAACCCUCCUUUCCUUAACUCGUCCACUGGGGGAAGACAAAAAUGUGGUCAUCAUCAAGUAGAGUUCAGCAUCUGUGUACACACACCUAACUGCAAAUUUUGUAGAAACAACCAAGACUUCAAAGCUCUACCUUCUUACAAAAUACUUUAAAAGGAGAAUUUGUUUGUAUUUUUAUUUACAUUUUAUAUUUUUGUACAUAUUGUUAGGAGGUCAGCCAUUUUUGACAGUGAUCUCUGGUUACCAAACGGUGCUUUGAAGUUGAAGCCUCUCUAUGAAAUAGAUUUUACUUGUGGUUUGACCAUGUCAUGUUAUCUCAACUGAAAUUGUAAAAAAUCAAAAGCAGUUUAAUUCAAAGCAUUCCAGUACUUUGUGUAUGUACAUCAGUUGUACCAUACUAGUUGGUUUGUAUGAGAUGGCAAGGCCGAAGAAAAGAAUUUUCUUUUCUUACUUGUCUAUUAAAUUGCUAUCUAUUGUGGCCUGUUUGAUGUAUGUGUGAAAUUGUUGUGCAACAAUAAACCGAAAUUUUAUUUUGUGA